ACUUCUCAGUACGCGGAGAGCGGCUCGGCCGCGCGCACGCCGGGUAUCCAGGCCGAGCCGGGAACGCCGAGAGCAUGGCGGUCGCGGGCGCCAAGAGGCGCGCGGUUGCGACCCCGGCGGCGGCGGCGGCGGAGGAGGAGCGGCAGGCGCGGGAGAAGAUGUUGGAGGCGCGGCGCGGGGACGGCGCGGACCCCGAGGGCGAAGGCGUGACCCUGCAGCGCAAUAUCACGUUGCUCAACGGUGUGGCCAUCAUCGUGGGCACCAUCAUCGGCUCUGGCAUCUUCGUGACGCCCACCGGCGUGCUCAAGGAAGCGGGGUCACCCGGACUGUCGCUCGUGGUGUGGGCUGUGUGCGGCGUCUUCUCCAUCGUGGGCGCACUCUGCUACGCGGAGCUGGGCACCACCAUCUCCAAGUCGGGCGGCGACUACGCCUACAUGCUGGAGGUCUACGGCUCGUUGCCCGCCUUCCUCAAGCUCUGGAUCGAGCUGCUCAUCAUUCGGCCUUCCUCGCAGUACAUCGUGGCGCUGGUCUUCGCCACCUACUUGCUCAAGCCGGUCUUCCCCACUUGUCCGGUGCCGGAGGAAGCUGCCAAGCUCGUGGCCUGCCUCUGCGUGCUGCUCCUCACAGCUGUGAACUGCUACAGCGUGAAGGCUGCGACCCGUGUGCAGGACGCCUUCGCGGCUGCCAAGCUGCUGGCCCUGGCCCUCAUCAUUUUGCUCGGCUUCAUCCAGAUGGGGAAGGACAUGGGACAAGGUGAUGCGUCCAACCUGCAGCAGAAGUUGUCCUUUGAAGGCACCAAUCUGGACGUGGGGAACAUUGUGUUGGCGUUGUACAGCGGCCUCUUCGCCUACGGAGGAUGGAACUAUCUGAAUUUUGUCACAGAGGAGAUGAUCAACCCCUACAGGAACCUGCCUCUGGCCAUCAUCAUCUCCUUGCCCAUUGUCACACUGGUCUAUGUGCUGACGAACCUGGCCUACUUCACUACCCUCUCUACCAACCAGAUGCUGACAUCUGAAGCUGUGGCUGUGGACUUCGGGAACUACCACUUGGGUGUCAUGUCCUGGAUCAUUCCUGUCUUUGUGGGCUUGUCUUGCUUCGGCUCUGUCAAUGGGUCUCUGUUCACGUCCUCAAGACUGUUCUUCGUGGGAUCCAGGGAGGGCCACCUGCCUUCUGUCCUCUCCAUGAUCCACCCACAGCUGCUGACACCUGUGCCAUCACUGGUGUUCACGUGUAUCAUGACGCUGAUGUACGCCUUCUCCAGAGACAUCUUCUCCAUCAUCAACUUCUUCAGCUUCUUCAACUGGCUGUGUGUGGCCUUGGCCAUCAUCGGUAUGAUGUGGCUCCGCUUCAAGAAGCCUGAGCUGGAGCGUCCCAUCAAGGUGAAUCUGGCCCUCCCGGUGUUCUUUAUCCUGGCCUGCCUCUUCCUCAUUGCCGUGUCAUUCUGGAAGACACCCAUGGAGUGUGGCAUUGGCUUUGCCAUCAUCCUCAGUGGGCUGCCCGUCUACUUCUUUGGUGUCUGGUGGAAGAACAAGCCCAAGUGGAUUCUGCAGGCCAUCUUCUCUGUGACGGUGCUCUGCCAGAAGCUGAUGCAGGUGGUACCUCAGGAGACUUAGUCACGUGUCCUGGGUGCCGCCGCACGGAGAGAGCACUGUGCCUGCUCCAGACAACUCUCCUUCGGAAGAUGGGUGGCCAGGCCUGUCAGCCCCACAGCUCCAGUGAGCACCACCAGCCGCCUAACACAAUCCACUGUCCCUCAAACAUCAGGUGUCCACAGUGGCUGUGAAAGAAAACUGGUACGAUUUGGUCCCAGAAGGUGACCGUCCAUGGUCCAUGCAGACACAGCACCCAGUGUGAGGUGUGCUGGGACCUGAGGCCUGGACUUUCUGACUUUCUGGGGACUGCCACAUCCAGGCUUUCUCCCCUGUGAUUUUUGUUUUUUGGUUUUUGUAGCGUGCAUUUGGGUCAAGUUUACACUAGCGAGAUGAUUAUUUUUUAACAAAACAGGGUAGCAAGGAGCAGGAGAUGCCGUGGCCACACGGUCCGGCCCUGUGGGAACUGCUGGCCACAGCUCUUUUCCAAAGGCUGUCGUUCAGUAGCACAGAGUGCCUCAAGGGGACCGCAUCACUGUCACCAGGUCAGAAGAACUACUGAGACUCGCACAUCACCUGUUCCACUGUGGACUUGGACUGACAGAUGGACGACACAUAUGCUAGCUUGGACUUUAGUUUUCUGGGACCCUAGAGAUGGAACCCCAACCUUUCUCAUGAGACAGAGCUCUACUGUGUGGGUCACUUGUUAGGUUGAAAAUGUAGAGCUCAGCUCUCGCAGCCCUGAAGUCCUGGCUCCAUAUGAAAGAUCUCUGCAGCCAUGACCCUAACAGCACCUAGCUGUUGGCUGCAGGGCCGUGUGCUCUGUGCACACAAUGCAGCAGUGCCCUGGCUCUCACACGCACAGCAUUCCCCGCCCUGCCCCACCUCUCCUAGAACCAGACCAGCACCAUGGCUCUCCUACCUCCCCCACGCACCUGGUCUACCCCCAUUGUUCUUGAGACAGCUAGCAGCAUUCUAUCAAAGUCACUACCGCUCCCUCCAACCCCACCCUUAGCCAUUGUUUAGAAAAAUAGGCACCAAGCACCCCUCUGCUCUCUGCCACCAGUGUGGUGUGACCACUCCAGCUCCCUGGCUACAUGUGUGGGACCAUCCUGCAGCCUUCCCGUUGUGCUCUGGGUGAGACAGUUGGGUCCAGCCAGCGCAUCACUGAAGGAGCUGAUCUGCUGGAAGGACUUCAGGAUAUGCGUCCCCUGCUGGCCUCUGCCAUUGCCUCAGACCAUGGCCUCCCUGAAGGGGUGUCUACUGGAAUGGCUACUAUGCAGUUCUUACACAGUGGUGGCUUACCACUGGCCACCCUGACCUCUCCUCUGUGCUUCUGGGCUUCCCUUUCAUUGGGGUGAGGAAGCAGAGGUCAAGGUCAGAGUGCCUCUUGAAGGUUCUCCCAGAUAUGGGAACUGGGGCCUCUUCCCUGGAAAUGAGGGCAGGGACCCAGUUCCAUCCUGGGGUGUGUCCCCAGAUACAGCCUGGGUUCAAAGGGUAGGGAUUCAUGGUGCUGACCCAGGCUCUCUGAGAAGGCCCUGUCAUUCCUGUUUGUGAUGUCCUGAGGAUCUCCAUCUGUAGGUUUUUGUUUUCAAAUCAAGCUCCGACCACCGCCAUUUUGCUCAGUGCUUUCUAUUUUGGUUUUAUCCUAACAUGUCACUGCCCUGAAGGACACCCCUGCCUGGCCCCUUUCAAUGGUCAGUGUCUGACCCACCACACUGGGUCCAUCUGCUGUGCCACCUGAGAUAGUGCUGUGGUUGUAAUGUCUUUUACUAUUGUAUUAAUGGCUAGCCUGUUACAUUAGACUUGGGGGGGGGGUACAGGGGUCUGCUGUUUUGUGAGGCUUUUUGUUUUCUGGGGGGUUGGUUUUGUUUUUUUAAAAAGCUAUUGGAAUUCUAA